GAUGUGACCGCCGAGGGCUGCUUUGAUUAGACCUAAACAAGAAACCCAAUCGAUACCACCAGCCGAUUGACAUUGGUCAUUGUGAAUUCAGCUUUUGGAAUCACGGAAUUCACUGUUGCGUAUUCUGUUGGAAAGACUGAUGAAUAUUCCUGUAGCGCAUUACACAGGCGGUUUGAUUAUUGGAAGAAUAAGGUUGAAUCUGAGUGGCACCAUAGGUGUUGUAUCGCGCAUUAUACUACUGAGUGGAGAUACGAAAUUCAGUAACUGCAACGGUUCGCCAUCCAUAUUUCAUGUCUUUGACGCUCGUUAGCAUAAUUGGAGAACUCGGUCGCAAUAUAUUGGGGACGGAAUCCCAGCUCACGACUUCGAUUCACAAGUUAGGCGUGUGACGUAAACUGCCCGUGGCUUCCAUAGGUAUUGAUCUCGGCUGUAGUUGAGAACCUGACAGAAAUCAUAUGACGCUGUCCGCAGUGUGCUGGUACACAAUGAAGCGAGGACAGUAAGGCAGGAACGAGCUCCAGAAACCGUCUUGUUCUUAUCGAUCCAGUGGAAGUGUACGGCAGUAGGGAAAGUCUUCCUACAGAGGACGGCAGCAGAAGGUUGUGUUGCCUCUGCUGAACGUAUCGUUCAAGUGUCGUCUGCUCUUGUGAGAAAGCGCGGGAAAGUGUGAGUCACGCGCCAAGCAGCCGGGAACCGUCAUUAGAGUAGCAGACGACAAUGUAAAUGAUUCGUGAAAAGACAUUCCUAUGAUAUGGACACCCCAGUAAUACUGUUACAAGAUGGAGGUCUCAUUGGUACUGGGGAAUUUCGGAUCGAAUCCCAAGAUGGCGACCGGACCCUGGAAUGAGGAACCGCCGACGUUAAUACUGUCACAAUGACCAUCGCGACGUAAUGUCAUGUUUCACCGACACGGUUAAGCAAUCUCGAAGUCUAUGCAUGAUCCAGGGGUGUUAGUUUCGGCCAGAACUGAUUUACUCAUCACAUCGUACUGUUCUCUCUCUCUGUUGUGCCUUCUUCUCCUCUCAAGUCUAGUGCUAGUGAUCCGUGCUAUUCAGAUAGUAAUGGGCAACGAGGGGAGUGCUCACUCGUCUGAAUGCAGCACACCACUUUCUGAGUAUGCAUCUAUGUACUCGUAUUCCCUGGGGUCCCGUCCCCGGUCCUCUGUCCCCUCCACAAGGGCGCCUUCCCCGACGUUGCCGCCCGAGCCUGAUCUCAGCCACCUAAGUCCAGAGGAAGUUGCCAAGAUAAAGAGCGUGAUGGAUCGCGCCAAGAAUAUGCAAGCUCAAGAGCAGAUGCGGGUCAGGAAUCUAGAAGAGGAAUACAUAGAAUAUGCCACACGGAUUGAGAGGGAAGCAUCGUUGUCCGAGCUUAGCGAUUCCGGAUGUUCUCUGUGCCCUAUAUGCAACAAAAAUGAGAUCCGACUGAACGAGGAUGGGUCCAGAGAAGGUCCAAACGUGUGUGUGGAUUGUGAGAAGGUCACGUGUCCCGGAUGUGGGGAGCUCAAUACUAGCUUAACCACCAAGGCUCAGGAAUGGGUGUGUUUUGUCUGUGAAAAGCGACGACGACUGAUAAUGAGCACGGGUCUGUGGUACCAUGGUUACCACCCGGAAGCGGAACUACCCCUAGAACGAGAGUUGGAGGGACAACUGGAUCCCCGCGAAGAGGGCGUGGACCUACAGGGAUACGAGGUACCGGAAGUAGAGGGCGCUGCAGCACUUCCGCUUGGAUACCCGGAAGCUCAUCGGAUCUCCCAAGGUCCUUCACCAAGUUUCAUGGACGGGGCUCGGGCAAUGGAUCAGUCUCUUCACAGUCAGCAUAGUCGUAUGUCUGGUUCCCGGAUGGACAGCUCGGCAGACUCUCUCAGUCUGAAGGACUCUUCAGUCAGUUCCUUUGAGAUUAUACCGGCUAAGCCUUCAAGACUGAAAGGCGUCCUAUUAACUGUAAUGGGGCCAUGCGGUACUGGUGGGGUUAUGACGAAGAGCGACUCCGAUGAGUAUUCAGAUUAUGAGAUGGAGGACAUUUCAGAGAAGCCCCGCACUGAAGGCACAAGCACCGACGACGCCGGGGAUGACUUUUCCUCCAUGAGCACAUCAAUGAGCACCGUAAGUAAUGGCGACAGGGGGCCGAAGCCUCGCCGGAAACACAGGCCCAAAUCACUUAAUCUGUCUCGUUCCCACAGCCUGACGUCAUCAGAUGACGAAGGUGACGGUGAUCAAUCAGAACUGGGCACUAAUCAAGACUCGGAAGAGGUCGGGAGCAUGCGCAGUGAUGACACAGAUGCAGCAUUUGAUUUGGGCAUGCAAGCGAUUCCGGAAAUCCCCGACCGAGAUCACCCCCCACCUCUACAAGGUUUGAUGGUAGGAGAUCCGAAUGAAAAGAACUUAAGUAGCCCAACUCCACCCAGAAGUCCUAGUUGGAGAGAAGGUUUGGAAAGCCCGCCAUUUUCACCCAGAAGGAAGGAUUCCUAUCCUGGUAAAAGAAGAGGGUCACCUGUUUCCCCGAAGGACAAGAGACAUCAUUUCACCUACAAUGAUAUCUCACCCCCCUCCAGACAACUGUCUUUAGACGAUCUAUAUGCAGACGGACAGGGUGUUAAUAUGGACCCACCCCAGCACACGGUAUUGCUAGCACAGAAGCCCUCACCGUUGUCACCAGAAGAGAUAAAAAAUUCAUUGGUCACUACGUUAGGAGAACCUUUAACCUUUGAUAUGUCACCGAGAGAAAAGAAACCCAGUGCUUCCGCCCCUCAGGUACGUCAUUUCGAGGAUACAGAUAGCUUGAGUGACAGUGCUCCUGUGAUGGACCUAGCUACCUACGCUGCAACAAUCGCCAGCAGCACAGCGAGUCUCACAUCAAUGAGCGUGUCUCCUACCAAUUUACGCGUCAACACAUCCAGCUAUGACUCGGAACAGGUCUCCCCAGAAUCCAUGGAUAGUGCUGAAUCGCCAACCUCACCGGUCUCCCCGGGCUAUUACGACAAUGCAACAACCCCAGAGGAAGAGGUAGAAUUGGCAGAUCCUUCUACGAAGGCUAUUGAUUAUCAGGGAAGUAAAAGACAGAAGGCGAGGCCUCCUACUACGGAUUGGUCCCCUGUCAUAGACCUCUCUCCAAUCCUGGACGUGUCUCCGUCAGUAGAAGAGGCCGAACAAGAAGACAUGUUAGCCAAACAGAUGGAGGAAUUAGAGCGACAGAGGUCCAGGGAAGAAGAACUGGAUGAGGCUGACGAAGAAGCUGAGGAGCUGGUUUGUGGUAUUGGUGCUGCCGCGGUAGUACUUCCUGUGGAUGAGGAAGAAGAGGAUUUUACUUACACGGGUUUAAAGAGAUAUACCAUCAUGGAGAAUAUUAGCAUCAUUGACGGGAAUGGACAGCCAGUGAUUGCUGCGAACCACCAAGACGAGAAUGGCAAUGGAAACUAUGAUGAUGGGGACGGAGGAGAGACAUGUCCUUCUAAAGAGGAUUUCCCUGUAAUGGAUUGCACAAGUCUUGCCCAGCCAGUGCCUGCUUCAAGGACAACCAUUACAUAUUCCAAGCCUGGAAUAGGGAGUGAAAUUGGUCAGGUUAAAACAGUCAGUUCUUCACGACCACAAGUUGAAAACAGUACCACAAGUGAAAUUAGGAAAAUAAGCGAGGAUCUGCAAAAUAUGCUCAAAACAGGAGCAGCAAAUGUGAAACCGAUACCACCACCGAAGCCAAGGAGAAAGCUUCCAGAUCCUACUCCAGAGAUCAUGGCAUCUCAAAAACCAUCUGCUGGGAAGCCAGUGCCACCACAAAAACCAUUGAUACUACCACCAACUGCCAGUAAUCUGGCCCUGGUUGAUAAAAGUGUAUCCAGUUCUCAGGAAUCGCUAAAAAGCACAAGCACAUCAAAUGGCAGAACGCUCCCUCGACAAGACUCUACUGAAAAAAGAAAGGCAAAGGAUCUUAAGGCCAAACCUAAUCCCCUCCUUAUUCAACACAUAGAGUCAGAGGAACAAUCCGUCUCACCUCAAUAUAAGGUGCUUGAUUCCCCACCCACACCGGAACAGAAAACCUCAAUAAAACGCGAGUUCUCGGAGAGCACUUCUGUGUCCCCCUCGUCCUCUCCCGAUCACGAACUGUACACAUUCCCCUCCCCAGUAACUCCCCCUGAUUCGGACUCCUCCCCUCCCAAACCCCAUUCCCCCUCCUCCACGGGCACUGACCUAGACGAAGAACUGGCUGGGCAAAAACCAACAAGGACGAUUUCCUAUGGAAGUAGUUUAAGCGAUUUGUGCAACCAGAAUAUACCUGAUCCACUGGAAGUACCGGAAGUAACAGAAGGCGCAUGUGCAGCUCCACUUCAGGCUCCACGGGAAGUUUCUCCACAAGAGCCACGUGUGCCGGAAGUAGUGGCAGAGGUGGAGGAACCUCGCCCAAGUAUUCGUGAUAAGCUAAAAUAUUUUGAGGAGAUAGCAGCUCGCCCUAAGGAACCCCCUAAGAUAGAGCCUAAGAAAGAGCCGAAAGAGUUGAAGAGGGAACCAAAAGAGCCAAAGAAGGAACCAAAAGAACCGAAGAAGGAACCAAAAGAGCCAAAGAAGGAAUUUAAGGAACCUAAGAAGGAACCUAAAGAGCCGAAGAAAGAACCUAAGGAACCUAAAAAAGAACCAAAAGAGCCGAAGAAAGAACCUAAAGAAAAGAAAGACCCGAAAAAGGUGAGGAGGAAACUGCCACCAAUCCCAACGAACGAGGAGCCAGUACUUACACCCAAAGCCAAACUGAAGGGGACCAAACAAGUUUCCCCCAAACCACGCCAAGAACCACAGAAACCUCCCAAACCACCAAAGCCUUCACCGGAUCACAGAAAGUACUCCUCCCAAAGUGAUGACUCAAUGAAUGAAGAUGAUUUGGAAGUGGCCAGAAUAAAUAGAAUUCCAGAGAAGAAGGUGCUUUCAUCAGUUGGCAAGGCUAAGAGCUUUGACAUUAGUGAGAGAAUGUUGCAGGAGAAGAGGGAUACCUUAGUCUCCACUCAGAUGAAGCUGCAGAGAGCAGGUUCCUUGGGUACCAGUAUUCUUCCCAAGGAUGAAACUGAUGCAAUAAUUGACUCUUUGAUUAAUAUCUAUGGCAUUCCGUGUACAGAGGCUAUGAUUUCUUUGAAGAAAAGGUUGCAGGAGGAGCUGAGAAGAGUUACUUUGGAUAGGAAACGAAAACUAGAGGAACUGGAAGAGAUACGGGCUCUACAGAUGCAGAUAGGUGCGCUAAAGCUAGAAACUGAAUUGAUUCAGAGACAGGCAUACCUAGCCAGAAAUGGAAAGUUACCUCCAGCUACUACUCAACUGGAACAAGACUCAAGGAGGAGAGGAUUGUCACCUUCGACGUCCUUGACCCCUAGGUCAUCUCCUCAGGUCACGCCUAGAAGGCAGAGACAUAAACGGCAGUCCUCGGAUCCCAUGAUAGCUAAGUUUAGUCCUAUUAAAGAGGACAAAGACAUUGAGGCUGAUUUCCAGGCUAAAAUGAGUGACAGUGCAGAUGCGCGCCAGAGUUCGAAGUAUUCGACGGAUGAUAGUUCGCUCUCUGGUCUCAGUGACACUGAAAGUACCAGAUCCGAGCCCGUGUCUAAUGCAAGAUACAAAAAAAUUAAACCAUCAGCUUAUGCACGAAUGUUUUAUACAGGCAAAACUAACUCCAGUGAAAGAUUGCAGCCUGACCAGGGACAAUUUAAUGGUCAAAUGCCAAUGUCGGUAAGUAGGUCAGAAAGCCAGCUGCCAGGAAGUUCAAGGUCGGGGUCAAGGUCAGGCUCAAGGACGCCUACCUAUUAUUCGGAUGAUGACGAAGGUAAAAUCAAGGAAGAAAAGAAGGCUCGGUUGCAAUACGAGAUUGAUAAACGCAAGAGACAAUUAGAGGAAACUGCUAGGUUGAAAACAGAACUGUUAAAGUUAGCCCGAGCGCGGCAGUCAAUGGCCCACAGCUAUGAUGACAUACCAGCUCGCUACGGUUCCUCCCCGUAUGGUCCUCAAAGACCUAUACCAACCGGUAUCAUCCGGCCGCUAGACGACGAGUCCCGUUACGACAGAGAUGACAUGGAUCCAUACCGGGAUCCACAGGACAGGCGGUCGGGUUACCACUCCAACUACAGCUCAACGGAGUAUCUGGCUCAUAAACAAGAGACGUCUCGCCGACAUCGUUCCGACGACACAGGCAUCUAUCAAAAUUACAGCGACUACGCCGACCCGACGACGUUCUCCCCACCAUCCACACUCACUCGGAGAAUGGAUUCGUACCCCUCUGUUGCUGCAAGGGAGAACACUGUCCAAGUGAGCUCCAGGGAUGCUAGGCUGUCUAGCAGUGUAACUCUACCUGAUAUGUAUUCUAAUAGGGCUGAUUUAGAUUUUGUUCCCACCAGGGAUUCUGUGUCUUACAACACCUUCUCUGACGCUGAGAGUCCGGCCAGCGACUACACACCCGCAAUGCCACUGCUAGAUGACGUCACAGCCAAGUCCAGGAAGAUCAUCCAUGACAUAGGAACCGGAAGUAGACCCGUGUCGGCCGAGUUCAACUUCCCUGGAGGGGUAGAAGACCUGAUGAACGCCGUCUACCGGACAGAGAGUGACAAUAGCGUGGACGCAGAUGAACCAAUUAUGAAGCAUAUGACAGAAGGGGGCGUUACCAUCCUCAAGCAGCUCGACAGGAGAAGGAAGCCACCACCCCCGGAACCCAUCAAGUACAACUUCCCCACCAAGCGGAUCCUGGUGACACGUGACCCCAAGGAUCGGUGUGUGACAGGUAGGAAAGGCAACGGAAUUGGAAUGAAGAUUGUUGGCGGUAAGCAGAUACCUGGAACCAAUCAGAUUGGAGCAUUUGUGACGUCAAUCUACCCUGGCGGAAUAGCAGAGCAGCUUCACGGAGAGCUCGAGAUAGGCGACCAGGUGCUGGAAUGGAACGGGAUCUCCCUAUCGGGCAGGACAUACGAGGAUGUGCAGCAGAUCAUCACCCAGCCCAAUGGAGAGAUCGAGAUGGUAGUCAGACCAUUGUCCAAACACCGAGGCCGACGGGCAAUUCCUGACCACUGCAUGGAGGCCGGAAGCUGUCACUCUUCCUAUGACAAUCUGGACAGCGAGGAAGAACAAGAUUCCCGAUUCGCAUCCCGCCAUGGAGUCGACCCCCGACAACUGGCGGCCCAGCUGGAGGAGAUUCAGGAGACAGGGGGGUUCCCCGAGAACUCCCCCUCCUCUUCCCACCAGGACUUCCUCACCCCAAGCAUGUCUUCGCCUUGUAGCACACCACACUCCGACCCCACCUCCACCCUCCCUGACAGCAGGCAGCGUUCCGCUACCAAUCAUUGUGACAUGGCGUCUUCUCAUGACAGGAUUAAAGUGGUUGACGUAGCGUCUGACGGCUCCCGGCAUCACAGCGACAACGGCAGGACAUCUACACCAUCGGAAAGGAGGAGGAGAGGUCGGGACUCGGAGUCGUCGUCGUCGACGGAGAGACGCCGAGUUGGUGAAAGUGACCAGAGCCCGGCGUCCUCUGAUCGACACAGACUGGACAAGAGGAGAGAACACAGUUCAAGUUCCCGCUCCAGACACCGGUCGGCAAAAGAUUCCCCUGUUCCUGUUCCUCGGGAAAGACACAGAACUAAAGAUGGAGUCGACAGGUCCCCAUCUUCAGAUCGGCUGAAGGUUUCCCGUGGGUCCGACCCUAAUCUCAAUCGCUCAAACGGACAGCAUUUAUCGGACGAGAGCAGUCGGUCUUCCACCCCCUCUUCCAGACGCAGAUCCCGGGAGAAUGAGUCAACUAGAACAGGUAACCUGCGAGGGGAUUCAGGCGAAUCUGAUCGUAGAUCUUCGAAUGAAAUGUUGAAGCUUGAACCAAUAAGUGCCCCACCUUCCCGUUCCACCUCCAAACGCCGUCUGGCGGGUAAGGGAGACAACUCCACGUCUCCUGACAGACGUCAGUCCAGUCUGCCUGAGACUUCCGCCCCGACCACCUCCUCCGACCGCCAUAGAAGCAAUAGCCACCCAGAGAACCACUCACCCCACUCCCACAAAGGACGCAAACAUCGUGACAAAGAAAAAGAAAAGGAGAAAGAGAAAGAAAAGACGAGUCUUCACCAUCAAACAACGGAAUUGGUGACAUCCAGCUCCAAAUAAGUCAAGAUGACUUCGACAACACGCUCAACGUGCACGUCAUCCAGUCCCGCAAUCUAAGACCACGUGACAUCAAUGGCCUAUCAGAUCCAUUCGUCAAA